AGUCGACUGGAAAAACUUACUACAGCCCGCACCUUGCAGCCCCUAGAAGCUGUUGCUGACACUGAUAUUGCUGCUUUCCUAAGGAAUGAACGUGAGAAUGCCAUCAUCACAGCUAUUGAAGAUUCUAAACGUCGGACAAGUGAGGAGGUGGACAAGCUUUAUUGGAAACAGCAACAGGCUGAGUGGGAACAGAAGAAGCAGGACCUGCUCUCAGCCUUCACUCACUCGGGAACAGACCUCCUCAACAUCACUGUUCAGCAACAGGAUAGUGUUGUCAGUGUACCACGUACUGUGGCAGGCACACGUAGCAGCCUGAGCAGUGAGGAAAUGUUAUAUGUCCGAGUCAUCCGCCAAUAUAACGAGGAAGUUCUCCAGUGUGGAAUACGACCCAACUUGGCCGAAUCCCUUACCAGUACUGCAUCCUCCAUGGGUGAUCAGGGUAUAUUGGAUUUGUGGGCACUGGUGAAGUGCCUUAGUGAAGUGCCAGUGAGUGUCGGUGGUGAUGCAGCUCAGGCCCGGGGCUCUCCUAGGGUACAAGCUGCAUUGGUCAAGCAAGCUCGAGGCCAUCUGGAGAACUCUUAUGCCACUCACAUGAAGCGUAUGGUAUACUCUAACUUAGAACGUGCACAGUUAGGAGGUAUUCCUGGUUUAGUGCCUCUGGUGCGGGCGUACUUAGAAGUAGUUCUACCGCCUCAAGUUGCCUCUUCCUUAGAGGAUGGCCAAGCUAAUGGUGCACCAGUUUGGCCUCUCAUCUUUUAUUGCAUGAGAGCUGGAGGCAGCAAGUCUGCAUGUCUUGCUGCAGCAGAAAACAGUUCCCCAUCAGUCAUAGAAAUUGUGACUGCCUUGGAACAGUACGAGAAGAGUGAGUCAGGUCGCCUGUUGCCUGACAUGGAGAAAAAACUGAGGAUGUCAUACAAAAGAGCUGUUAAGAAUUCUCCUGAUCCAUUUAAACGAGCUGUUUACUGUGUCUUGAGCCGUUGUGACCCACAUGAGGACCAUGGUGAUAUUGCUGCUACAACGGAUGACUACUUGUGGCUCAAACUGUGUGUGGUUGAUUGUGACUCAUCACCAUCUGCUUCAACCUCUAGCAGCAGUAGUGCUCAGCAGGAUGUACUCUCUCUCACUCAUCUACAGAAUCUUCUUUAUGAACAGUAUGGAGAGUCCCAUUUCAAUGCAUACUAUCAGCCACUUCUCUAUACAUCAAUUUUGCUGCAAACAGCCCAGUUUGAAGCUGCUGUUGAAUUUCUAAGUCGAAAAGAAGCUUUGAGAUGUCAUGCUGUUCAUGUGGCUCUUGCAUUGCACGAAAUGAACCUUUUGGCUAUACCUGCAGAAGUUCAUUCCCCAAUGUUAUCACGAGAAGAUGGUGAUCCUGAAGGAGUUCGACGCUUAAACCUGACUCGUCUUCUUCUCCUGUACACCCGAAAAUUUGAAGCAACUGACCCACUUGAAGCACUACACUACUGUUUCUUCCUCAGAUCACUGAAGGGGAGAAAUGGUGAAAGUGUGUUCUCUGGAUGCAUUAGUCAACUGGUGCUCCAAUCACGAGAAUUUGAUUUGUUACUUGGGCGCUUGGAACCAGAUGGUCGUCGCACUCCCGGCAUCAUUGAUAAAUUCAAGAUUGAUGUGAGUGAGGUAACGCAGAUGGUGGCACAGGACUCGGAAAAAAAGGGGCUACAUGAAGAUGCAGUCAAGCUGUAUGAUCUUGCCCAGAAUCAUGACAAAGUAGUGUCAUUGCUGAACCAACUGCUGAGUCAAGUGGUGCACCAGAGUGAAGGUGGCAGUGGUAGUCAGCGUGGACGUGUUGUUGAUUUGGCAACUGCUGUGGCAUUGCGCUUCAAGACUCACGGUCACAACACUCAUCCUAAUAAUUCUGCUACACUGUAUCUUCUCCUAGACCUCACCACUUUCUUUGAUCUGUACCAUAAAGAAAGGUUUAUGGAAGCUCUUGAGGUUUUGAAAAAGCUGCGUCUAAUUGCUUUAAGACAAGACGAGGUGGAGGCUCGCGUAGCUGGGAUCACUGCUCAAGGAAGUGAAGUACGAAGUGUACUCCCGCAUGUUCUCCUGGCGGCAAUGACUACGACCCAUCGCUUGUAUCGCAUGCCCGCUCAACCACAGUCUCCACAAACCUCCUUUAAUGCAUCUACUACAGGGGCUUCUCCAGCCACCAAGCACCUUCAAGAACAAGCUCAAGCCAUUGUGGCAUUUGCAGGGAUGAUCCCCAUGAGACUACACUCUGAGAUAAAUGCACGCCUGGUACAGUUGGAGGCUCUUAUUAAUUAAUGGGUGUCUGUGUCCGUAUAUUAAGCUUUUUUCUUUUGCUCUUGAUGACUGGCUCUUGAUAAUCUUUGAUGAUUUAGCAGAAAUAUAAAGGAUAAGAAAUCUUUUUUGAAAGAAAAUUUAGAAUACUGUACUUAGAUAUAAGUGUUUGUAUGAUAAAUUUCCAGAUUAAAUGCAAUGAAUACUUGGUUAUGACCGAAAAAAGGAAGCAAUUGUUUCAAAAUUAAUUAUUUCAGUUUUGCAAAUGAAAAGUCAUAGAAUAUAACUUAUUAAUUAUUCCAGUAUACUGUAUUGCCAAUAUUAUGAAAUAAAAAAUCAGUACAGUCUACAAUUUUAAUGAAUACAAAGCUCAAAACAAUGGUGUCAUGUGUCAGUACUCUGUUAACUCUCGUGUAGCUGGUGUCUGUACUAAACUCUUCUGUUAUGCAAUAAAUAAGGAUGGAAACUUGAAA